GCAUGCUCUGUUAGAUGCUCCUGGAGGCCUUAUACUGUUGAACUGGACAACUGUGAAAGGUACUUCUUGUAGGCUGUUAAGAGUGGAACCAGACUCCAGCUCGUUUGAAGGGACCUCCCUUAUUAAAGUAUCUGGUAUAGGUUUGUCUGUCUCUUCUGUUAUUGCUUUUGGUUCAAUUUCCAUGUUUUGUGGUUCUCCACCUUUAGUAUUUGCUAUUGAGGCACUUGAUGUAUUUAUACUUUCUGGUAAGGUUUCUGUUAUCACAUUUUCAGAAGUGCUUUUGAUAUGGGGAUUGUUUGGGCUGAAUGCAGAGUUCUGA